CUCUGCAGCCCCGGUGUCAUUUAUUUCUUUCCCCCAAACUCCAAUUUAGGAAUACAAAAACUUUUGGUCAUCAUGUCGGGAGACAUGUGGAGGUGGACUUGCCUUGGCUUGCAUCUUGUCUUCUGCACUGUGGGGCCAUCUUCUGUCGCUAGGCAACUGCCCUCCCACCCAAAGAAACCUUUCCUCACCUUCUCUGCAGAAGCCACUGAGAUCUCUUUUAAUCACUUGGUGGUAGACAAAAGGAAAGGGUAUAUUUACUUGGGGGCUGUCAACUGGAUAUACAAACUCUCCAACAAUCUGGAGGUGGAGGCCCGUCAUGAAACAGGUCCAGAUAUGGAUAACCCCAAAUGUUACCCUCCCAGACUGGUCCAACCUUGCAACGAACCCUUAACGAUGACAAACAACAUCAACAAGAUGUUGCUCAUUGACUACAAAGAGAACAGGUUGAUUGCCUGCGGAAGUCUAUACCAGGGCGUAUGUAAACUCUUGAGGUUGGAUGACCUGUUUAAACUUGGGGAGCCCUUUCACAAUAAGGAGCACUACCUCUCUGGCGUGAACGAGAGUGGGUCUGUUUUUGGAGUCAUCGUUUCUUACAACAACAUGGAUGACAAGCUGUUCAUUGCCACUGCUGUGGACGGGAAGCCUGAAUACUUCCCCACCAUCUCCAGCCGAAAGCUCCCCAAAAACUCAGAAGCAGAAGGAAUGUUUGCUUAUGUUUUUCAUGAUGAGUUUGUGGCUUCCAUGAUCAAGAUCCCAUCAGACACAUUCACCAUCAUCCCUGACUUUGACAUCUACUACAUCUAUGGCUUCAGUAGUGGUAAUUUUGUCUAUUUUUUGACCCUUCAACCUGAGAUGAUUUCUCCCUCUGGAUCUACCACCAAGGAGCAGGUCUAUACCUCAAAACUGGUCCGUCUCUGCAAAGAAGAUACAGCCUUCAACUCCUACGUUGAACUGCCCAUUGGCUGCGAAAAGAAUGGGGUGGAAUACCGGUUGCUGCAGGCCGCCUACUUGUCUAAGGCGGGAUCCAUCUUGGCCAGAUCUUUGGGUAUCAUGCCAGAGGAUGAUGUCCUCUUUACAGUCUUUUCCAAGGGGCAGAAGAGGAGGAUGAAAUCCUUGGAUGAGUCUGCUCUUUGCAUCUUUCUUCUGAAAAAGAUCAAUGACCGUAUCAAGGACCGGUUGCAAUCCUGCUAUAGAGGAGAAGGCACUCUAGAUUUGGCUUGGCUAAAAGUGAAGGAUAUUCCUUGUAGCAGUGCACUGUUAACAAUUGAUGACAACUUCUGCGGCUUGGAUAUGAAUGCCCCUCUUGGAGUGUCCGAGAUGGUGCGAGGACUGCCCAUCUUCACAGAAGACCAGGACAGGAUGACAUCGGUCAUUGCCUAUGUCUACAAGAACCAUUCGUUGGCUUUUGUGGGUACCAAGAGUGGCAAGCUAAAGAAGGCCAUCAGCUCGGCUUGCAAAAGGGAUGACUUGGGGACAUUUGACAUUCCUUCUCCGGAAUCGAUUGUCCAGCAGCCCUAA